UGACCCCUCUGUUCCAUGCCCUGUACGGGAGAGCCGCUGAUCACAUGACCGCACGUCACAUGACUUGCCCGUCCAACAUGGCGGCGUCCAACAACCCGCAGUGGAACGAUAGAGCAGAGGAGCUGCACCGGAGGCUGGCCGGGUUGCUGGAGGCGGACAGUGACGCAGAUCCACUUUUAUUAAAGGCAUCUGCAACACUCCAGAGUUUGAAGGACACAUGUUUCAGAGACACCCAGAACUGUAACAGAUUAUCAUGCUUGCGCCUCUAUAGUCAGGCUAUAUUGGACAUUACUUACUAUGAAGAGAAUCGGCUGGUGGAUGAAGAAUUUGCAAACGAUGACGCACUACAGAAAGUGCAAGAACUUAUUCAGAUUAUCACAGAGCCGGAGAGUUUGGCUGAAGAGAACAAUGCUUCCAAGCAGCGUUUUCUCCUUGACAUGGAUGUUGAGGAAUGCUUGCACUGGAGGCGAGGAGCCUUGCUCUACAUGUACUGUCACACCGUGGGUGAGAGAGAGAACUGGAACCUGAGCGAUCAGAGAACUUUCCAUCAGUGUCUCAAGGAUGGUGUUUACUAUCUGCUGAAAAUGCUGAAGACAAGAAAUCCUGUACAAGUGAACAAUGACGUUUCGUUUAAAGACAUAAACACGGCCACUUUGUUGGCUAAAGGUAUCUUCAGUGACGUCCAUGUCUUGGCUUUAAUGUACUGCGGAGAGAUGUGUUUCUGGGCCCUCAGCUACUGCUCAGACGUCCAACCUGGAUCUGAUUCUGAGACGCACAGCAAAAUCCUGAACUUUAAAGAAGUUGGGGAGAAGGUUUUGGACACUUAUGUUAGUGUUUGUGAAGGUCCUCUAAGUGCACAAGGCUGGAAUACAGAAAACGCCAAGAAGAUUCUAGAGUUUCUAAAAACGAGAUGAGGUUCAAUGAAUGUGCUUGCUAAUUGUGCCUAAAUAAUCCUGUUUUAUAUUUAAAGUAUUAUACAUUAAUGCCAUAGCCUUUUCAUUUUCUUGAUUAAAGAAAAACUCCAGGCAAGCGUAUAAAACCUCAAUUUCUGUGCACUUUUCUGAAUGAGCCACAAAGGUGUUAGUAGCUGUGGAGAUAGACUGUCCAGAGAACCUUUACUUUGUCCUAAAUGAAGGGUCACAUGAUGGAAGUUUCUGCUUUGCAAAUGUUUGUGCAUAGUGAGGAUUUAUGCAUGACACACAUGUAUCAAUUUGAAAUUCUUGCUAUGUUUAGGGUAUAGAGGUGGAGAUGCUAAGGAUGGGGCAUAGAGGUAGUAGAUGAUUGGGGUGCAAUAUCAAUAAAACUGUACAACUCAA